UAAAUCUAAAGAAUCUUUUCUCUACAACAAGUAUCCCAUAGUUAGUCAUUUGCUAGCUAGAAAGGUCCUUGGCAGUGGUUCAGCUAGAUGCCAAUGUAUGUAUCAGUAGCUCUCAGCCAGGGAGAGGGUGAAUUACUAGUAGUUCUAAUAGCAAGAGAGCCGCGGUUGGUAGUGGGGUAUGUAGUCUCCCCUUGCACAAAAUGAGACGAGCAUCCAAUCUUUACCCGUUGCGGAGGCAAAACGAAAGCUAAGAGAAUUCAUUCUCAAACGUGAUGCUUAUGUGUAUCAAACUAUAUGUAUACGAUGUCCAUCUACCAGGCUAUUGCUCACCAGAACCUCUUCAAAUAAAUGAGCUCGCCGAGACCUACCUCUUGCAGAGAGUCUUGUUGGUUUGCUUGUUAGACCGAAGAACCUUCACCCCAAUUAAACCAAUUUGUUUGCUUCUUCUUUGCCCCAAGGGUGGCGCUGAUCUCUACUAGCUAUCAUAGUGCGAGCUGACAGCCAAAACACCCGCAAUCUCCUCCAACUUGGCGGCCACCUGUACUUUGAAAGCUUUACAGCGAAAGGAUGCAGAAAAUGUAACAUCAUGUUCCUCCCAAAUUCGUUCACACUGGUAAUGCCCAAUGUAGUGCCAGAGUCUCUCGCCGGAUCCAAGCUGGUCCUCUGUCCAAAAGAAUGGAAUGGUGCCUUGCUUCAGAGACUCAACUUGCGGUUGCACGUUUGCCCGUUCCGCCGGCGGAAGAAGAAAAGUAACUGUUAGAGUUCCGGUUGCCUUGUCCAGGGUUACAUAGUCAGAGGCAGCCUCCACAGACAGGUACGCCAGCUGGGGGGCAAGUCCAGCACCAACUCCAAACUUUUUAGAGAGUCCGAUUGCUUUCCAGGCUUCGUUGUGGUUGAUUUCCUUUCGUGUUACCCCAAAGCGAGAAUACCAAAGCUUGCUAGUUGCCAGUACCCCUUCUGCAGCAACGCGACGUGCAGCUCGGAUAUUAUGAACUUCCGAAUCAUAAUCAGCAAUCUUGUCAGCUUGGCCAUCAGGGCUGCGAGUAGAAGUUCCAAUAUCCGAAUGAUCAAUGUCGUCGUCGUCGUCGUUGUCCACUUCGCCGGUAGAAACAGAUCGUCGUUUUGGGGGUGUCGACUCGAGCUCUUCCUUGGCAGCACGCUUCACCGGCUUGUCUUCACUUUCGUGAUUUGGGCCAGCAUCAUGGUUCGGCUGUUGACUAUCAUGUCCUUUUGCAGUUGCUUCCUUGGGCUCCUUCUUGGCGUCGGGGACCUUCUCGUCUUUGUCCUUGCCAUCUUCAUCAGGGUUUUCACCGUUUGACGCACGAUUUUCGUCUGGCCGCGUCUCCUUCUGUUCCAAAACCCCGUCAUCGGGGGUUUCACUUACAGAGGCAUGGUCCUGGUUGAUCUCCGGUUCCUUUGCAUCCGGUAGACUUUUCAUUGCCGCAGGUUUUUUGUCUUUGUCUUUAGGAUUGGAGGAUGCUGCUGCUGCCAUGGCGUCCUUUGUCGUCUUGACACAUGAAAUCAGCUCCGUAGCGACACGUUCAAUGACGUCCAAUAACUCGGGAUCCUUCUUGGCAGCGGCCAAAAGGACAAGCUUGCUUGCUUUGCAGGCCAACAAAGCUUCAAGCUGAUCCGUGAUUUCGUCAUUGGUGUCUCCAUCAAUGUUCAUGGGCUCACAUGCUGCAGUAGCCAGCGUUGACCCGGCCGUCUUGCCUGCCUUCUCUGGCCCUUCUGCGGUUGGAGCUGUCUGGAUGUCGCCAACCUUCACAGGCUCCUCCUCCGUCUGGACUGCCUUCUCUGUCUCCAUUUCAUCAACUUCCUUGGGGUCCAUUGUGGUACAGUGCUGUAGGGUGAUUUCGACUUGGGACUUGAUGGCAAGCGACAAAGACGCAGAGACAAAGCAGUAGUUACGGCUAAUGACCAAAUGAUGGCAAUGAUGAAGGCUUCUGGGGCUGGAGCGAAGUUUCACGAGGGUUCGGUACGAACUGGCAAGAGUUCCUCAGCCAUCUGCUACGGAUAUAUCAAAGAACCCCUUGGAGUGGCUUCGAACUUCGAAUGAUAUCACGACCGGUACCCGAAGAAAACCUCAUUGGCUACCAAUUGUAAGCCGCUCUGUCGGCUUGGUUUAGAGCUGACAAGUUGUCGUGAGGUGCGGGUUAGGCACUGGCUCGUAUCGAGACAUCGGGGCUGCCCCUUCACACAUUAGGUGAAAACUCGAGUGGGGGCAUGACAUCGGCAUACUAGCUAGCUAGUAUCGCUACCAUUUUUGUUCAGCGUGCAAACGAUUUGACAACGGAGGAGAGAUAUGGGAAGUUUACCCCGAGCGAUCCUCGUGGCCUGGCGUCUCCCUACUCCAGUCGGCUCCAUCAUCAUCAUCAUCAGAACCAACAAGGACGUAGUCUAGUAGUGGCUGCAAUUGCACGUGACAAGUACCAUCGUAGUACCGAUACGCAACGAGGAUCAAUGGGGCAUUUCUAGCUUUGGAAAAGGAUUAGGCUGCAGUAGCAGCAAACAUGCUCUUUUUAGCGGGCUGAUGAUCUUGAGCAUCAUUCUUCAAGAGAGAUCGGAAGGAGUUGAGUUGGUUCUUGGAACGCUAAAUAAUUCCCAUUUCUGACUGGCCCUUCCUCACCACUGACCACUCUCACCACUGGCCAGGGCGGUCGUUACAUGUAUUAGUUUCAUUCUGAGGUCUCAGGAAUCAGGAUGAUGGAAAGCUAAUUUUGGAGGCUGAGUAAUUUCUAGCCAGCCGGUAGCUAGCAUCAUUCUUGAGUAUUGCUUUACAUGCAGUAGGUUCUAUAAGCCACCCUUUGGUUCUUCGAGCCCUUUCCACUCUCCUCCACUUUCCAGCCGCAGUUUCACACCAGGAGCACAAGUCACAAGGACUGCGACUUGACUCCGGCAAGUGGUGGCCAUCCAAAAGAUUGCUAUUUUUUGCUAAAAUCGUAUGUCUCAAUAGCUGUCUCUAUAGACUAGUCAAUGGAUGACUGCAAAUGGGAGCGAGAGUUGCAUAGAUACUGUAACACUUCGGACUUACGGUCAAUGGUCAAAAUUAACACCUUGACUCCGUACCCCACAAAACGACUCGAGCAGUGGACUGCGAGCAACCGGCAACUCACUCAAGUGCCGGUAGACUACAUGUAACUGGUGGCCUUGUCCAGCUGGCUAGUUACUUAGUUACAUACAUGUAGAGUCUAGCUAGAGGUACGGUACGGAAAGGAUGGAGACUUCAACGGUGCCCGAAACCUCCGACAAUGAUGGCCAAAGAUACAGCAAAAAUAAUACGGUAAAGCGGUACCAGUACCGGUACUCCGAAUGGACUAUAGAGAAAGCACGAUAGACAAUAGAGAAAGCAUUCACAAUUCACAAUGUCAUUAUUUCACCGACAAGGAACCUCGGUACACGUGCACUACGAUCUACCCAGUGUCCCCAGCAGACGGGUACUUGUAUGUCUUAGUUGGCAGCGUAGAAAGAGGUGAGAGCAGCGCUGGGAGCCAUUGCACGAAAAUUCACUGUCUCUUUGACUUGCUAAACUUUCGAUCGAUAGAGCUCUUGGCUGUACCGCGGAAUGACCAAUGACUAUUGAAGGUGACUAACAGCUGUUUUCUGGGAGGAGUAGAGGGAACAAUGACCGCAUUAAAUAGUACCUUUUGGUGCCCUUAAGCUUCUGCGUAUCGUAAAACCCUAUUAAAAUAAACCUUGGUUGAUUUUUCGACUUUUUACGAGCCAUUCCAGAAUGACCCCGAAUUCCUGCAAGAUCGUACCGGUAGCUACUGUACCUGGUACUGGUAUCCAUCACAAAAUAAAUCACCAAAGCCAAACCAUUAUUUGCGGGGCUUCGGAGAUCCUUUGUACCCAUUAAGUAAGUUAGUUUCAAAUCAUUCAUUUUGCUCUGUUGCCGAAUUUUACACACCGCCCACCAAUAACAACCACCAACAAGCAAAGCACCACCAUGAGUUCCACCUCUCUCGGCGACGACGAUAGCACCAGCUGCGAUGGCGACACCGAGUCCGGUCAACCAAGAGAGGAGUUUCAUCACGAGGACGAGAAUGAGAAGAAGCUCCGGGAAGAGCUCACAAAGCGAGAGACCAAGGUCGUGUGGCGUCUGCGUGUUGUGGUCAUCUUGGUGUUGAUGGCCACUCCAGCCUUGGUAUGCACACUUGUCUACAUGAUUACAAGGGGCGGAGAGUCCGAAGAGUUCAAGAGUCAGUACGAGGGGGCAUCUAGAAAGGUUUUGACUUCUUGGGCGGGCAUUCUUCACGAAAUGAGGGCAGUCUCGGGUCUGGGUGUGGCAAGCAUUUCUCACGCUACGGAUACCGAAUCCAAAUGGCCGUUCGUCACUUUGACCAACUUUCAACAACGUGCCGGCAACGCUCGUCAACUCUCCGGCGCCCUCAUGGUCAGCAUCGCUCCUCGUGUGACGUUCAAUCAGGUUGAAGAAUGGGAUGACUUUGUGCAGGGAAAAGACAGCUAUUGGAUCGAUGAAGGGCUUGCCUUCCAGGAAGAGCUUGGCCUCAAUGGCUUUGAGUACGGACCAAACAUUGAGAAGAGCCACGUCACAGACCGUAAAGUCGACCUGAUGCACUCGUUCGAUGAAAGUGGCGCUGCUGUCCUCGAGUCAUCGUUCUCCGAGUACUACUUGCCCGUGUGGAUGACUUCACCCGUUCUUCGCACUGGUCUAGUCAAUGAGAACCAGUUGAGCCGAACCAACUUUUCCGUGCCGCAAACAGAGAUCGCAUCGAUUGUCUUGGAUGAAGAAUACGCCGUCAUUGGAGGUUUCACAGCUGCUAGUCCUGGAAGCAUCCGUAGCCCCAGCAAAAGAACUGCCCUGUUUGCGACGCUGCGCAGCAUUGUCGAGGGAAAAGAAGUGGAAUACCUGGGAGAUCCCAUGGCCAACGUGUACAUGCCCGUUUUCGAUAGUUUCAAUACCACCACACGCAAAGCAGUUGCGAUGAUGACGGCCAUCGUUCACUGGAGAUCUUACUUCAGGAACAUUCUGCCGGACAACGUUAACGGAAUCGACGUAGUGCUGGACAACUCUUGUGACGGGUUCUUCACCUACCAGAUUCACGGUGACGAAGCGUUUGUUGUGGGUGUCGGCGAUCAUCACAACCCAAAGUUUGACGAGUGGCGACGAGAUGGUUUCAUCGACGGAAGUAUCCUUCACGAUGGGACUGCCUCAGGUUUGAAGCUCCACAAGGAUGGUUGCCAGUACAGCAUUCACUUGUAUCCUUCUCAGGCGUUCUACGACAAGUACAAUACCGACACGCCCCUUGCCAUCACCUGUUCCAUCGCGGCUGUCUUUCUUUUCACUAUUGCCAUGUUCCUUUUGUACGACCGGAUCGUCGAACGAAGACAGCAAGUGGUCCUGGCAAAAGCCACGCAGUCCACGGCCAUUGUCUCUUCUCUUUUUCCCAAGAGUGUCAGGGACAGGCUCAUCGAAGCGGAUCCAGCGACUUCUGUGGGGAACAAGACCACACGCCUCAAAGGUUUCCUUGACGGAGCUACAACGCAUGGGCAAAACGAUGAAAAGCCGAUUGCGGACCUCUUCCCUGAUUGCACUGUCUUUUUUGCUGACAUUGCUGGCUUCACUGCCUGGAGCAGCACUAGAGAACCAUCCCAGGUGUUCAUCCUUCUUCAAGCUGUCUACCAAUCAUUUGAUGUGCUAGCGAAGCGUCGAAAUGUGUUCAAGGUCGAGACCAUAGGUGAUUCUUACAUGGCUUGCACAGGGAUUCCCGAGCCCCAAGAAAAUCACGCGGCAAUUAUGGUGAAAUUUGCCUGGGACUGCAUGAUCAAGAUGAGUGAAGUUACCAAGGAGCUGGAGAGUCAACUUGGGCCUGACACGGGUUCUUUGGAGAUGAGAUUCGGGUUGCAUUCAGGUCCGGUGACGGCAGGAGUAUUGAGAGGCGAUCGAGCGAGGUUCCAAUUGUUUGGCGAUACAGUCAACUACGCCAGUCGCAUGGAAUCAACAGGUUGCAGAGCGAAAAUCCAAGUCUCACAGGCAACCGCCUCCAUUCUGAAACAGAGUGGCAAGGAACACUGGCUACAACCACGUGACGAUGCUGUGAAAGCCAAAGGUCUUGGAUGCCUCAAUACAUUUUGGGCUAACCCAACGAACAGGCGAGGAUCGAGCUCCAUCUUAUCGAGCUCAAUUUUUGGCGGUGAUUCCGUCCAGACUCCAAAGAAGGAAAUCGUGCAGCCAGUGAACAAACGCCUCGUCGAUUGGAUGGUCGACCUCUUGAAAGACAAUCUUCAGAAGCUUGUCCAUACUCGGAACCAACGAGGAGAAAUGACUUCGAGCUCAGAAGAUGUGAGGUGGUUCAACCCUGGAGCAGGUGAAACGUGUCUGGACGAAGUGAAGGAGUGUAUUGGAAUGCCCAAGUACAACGCCAAGACUGCUGUCACCAUGAGCGGCUACAAGGAUUGUACCAUCGACCCAGCCGUCGUGGAGAACUUGAGGGACUAUGUAACCAGAAUUGCAUCUCUCUACCAAGCCAAAAACUGCUUCCACAAUUUUGAGCAUGCAUGCCAUGUCACCCUUAGUGUUUCAAAAUUGUUGAAGAGAGUUGUGAGCCCAGACUUGAAAGACCAUGAGUUGAAGAAGUUGAAAAAGUCAAGCGACUUGGCUUCGCACUUGCACGAUUACACCCACGGAAUCGCGAGCGACGCGCUGACAUGCUUUGCGAUCUGUUUUGCUGCUCUGACACACGACGUGGACCAUCGCGGCGUCUCCAAUACGCAGCUGGCGAAGGAGGAACCCGACAUGGCGUCCAAGUACGCCAACAAGAGCAUUGCCGAGCAACACAGCGUGGAUUUGGCCUGGAUUGUCCUCAUGGAUGGUCGAUUCCUCGCGCUGCGACGUUGCCUCUUCCCAACCCAAGGAGAUCUGCUACGUUUCCGACAACUGGUUGUGAAUGUGGUUCUUGCCACUGACAUUUUCGACAAGGAAUUGGGCGAUCUUCGGAAAUCUAGGUGGGAACGUGCCUUUUCUGGUGAAGUGAAGGCACGUGAUCAAAGCAAAAUCAGCGAUCUUCGUGCCACAAUAGUCAUUGAAUACAUCAUUCAAGCUUCGGACGUGUGCCACACAAUGCAACACUGGCACGUGUAUAGAAAAUGGAAUGAGAGAUUAUUCCAGGAGAUGUAUCAGGCGUAUACCGAAGGCCGAAUGGGGAAGGACCCCUCGACAUUCUGGUACAUGGGUGAGAUUGGGUUCUUUGACAACUACAUCAUCCCACUGGCCAAGAGACUGAAGGAGUGCGGAGUCUUUGGUGUGAGUGGGGACGAGUACUUGACAUAUGCCAUCCAGAAUCGCAACGAAUGGAAAGAGCGCGGAGAGGAAAUUGUCAAGGAGCUCGUGGCACAAGUGAAAGGCGACUCAAAUCGCGACAGCUUGAAAAAAAGUCAAAACUCCCGUAGAUGGCUUUAGGGAACCUUCCGUGGAAGUAAAUUGGUCAAUGGCUGGAAUGCAACUUCAUCCAACCUCGGAUUCGAAUCGAAUCGAGUCAAGCACAUCCCUCCAACUUCAAAAUAGCUUCACAGUCACUCAGGCGACCUCUAGACUCCUUCACUCCACAAAUGGAAACAAAUUUUGGAUCGCAACCGAUCCUGCAUUUUAUGUCACAAGAAUACAAGAAUUCCGUCUACAUACAAUAGAAACUUUUCAAGCUUCCAUGUCAACUCUUCCUAGUUAUCAUUCAAUAGCAUUUUGUAUGGAUUGUUUUGUCGAAGCAACA